AAUAACCCGUGAAAUUUCCCGUGGUACUUAUUGCACUCACUUCUCGUAAAAUAAAUGAAAAAUGAAUAAAGUUAAGUUAAAAAUGGCUUUUAAUAGAAUCAAAAUACUUUAAUCAUCAACAUAAGCCAUUUUAGAAUAGGAUUGUAUCAAAUUUAACAUCCAAUCUAUUGAAUUUGAUGCAUAAAAAAGUGAAACAUAAAAAUGAUGGUUCGAAAGAAAGAUGAAAAUCCAUUGAACAAUUUUAUUUAAUGGAAUUCAUAAAAAAAUUAUAUUUUUUGGGACUUUUAAUGUGAAAUAUUCUCAAAAAAGAGGCAAAAUAAGUAAAAAAAAUUGAUAAGCAAUUCAUUAAAAAAUCAACAAAAAGUGCAAAAUAUCGAGCUAAGUGUGUAUUUUAUUAAAAAGAAAAAAAGAGUAAAUUUAUAGAAUAUUUUUUUGUUGUGAUCUGUGAGUGUAUAUGAAUAUAUAUAGACACGGAGAUUAAAGCAAAACGAAGAAGAAAAUAAGAAAGAAAAAAAAAAUUAUGAAAAUGUCCAUCAAAAGAACUAAAAAGUUGUUUUUUAUUUCGCCAAUUGCAUUUCUAUUGAUUAUCACACUAACUACGGAUAAUUGUAAUUGUGAUCAAGUUGUUCUACUGGAUACCACCAAAGAAGCAACAUUAGAAUGGACGAGUUAUCCAUAUGGACCACAAGCACAACGACCAGGCUGGAUAGAGGAGUCAUUUACAAAUUACGGAAAGGGUAUUAACUGGAGAAGUUAUGUGGUGUGUGAUGUAGCAUAUCCAGAUGUUAACAAUUGGUUAUGGUCGCCGUUCAUUGAUCGUGGUCCUGCCAAUCGACUAUACAUCGAAAUUCAUUUUACAAUACGUGAUUGUUCACUUUUUCCGGGCAAUGCACUUAGCUGUAAGGAGACAUUUAGUCUUUUGUUUUAUGAAUUCGAUGCACAAACACGAGAACCACCACCAUGGCAACCAGAAAGUUACAAGCUAAUCGGUCGAAUAGCAGCUGGUGAAGGGAGAUUUAAUCAUAAUUCUGAUGUUGACAUCAAUGUUGAGACAAAGAGCAUUGCGGUAGCUAAGAAAGGCGUCUACUUUGCAUUCCGUGAUCAAGGUGCGUGCAUCAGUGUACUGGCUGUUAAAGUCUACUACAUAACAUGUCCUGCCGUCACUGCAAAUUUUGCACAUUUCAACGAGACUCCGACAGGAAAGGAAGUAACAUCCAUUGAAAAGCAACAGGGGACUUGUGUUGAUAACGCAGAGCCGAUUGAAACGCCAUAUAAUCACUGUACAGGCAGUGGAAAAUGGUCCUUAAUGUUGGGAGGAUGUAAAUGUAAAGUCGGAUAUGAACCGGAUGAGGAGAAGCAAUUGUGCAAAGUUUGUCCUGCCGGAACAUUCCGUUCGAAUGAAGUUGCAAUAUGUACAUUAUGUCCAAUGAAUUCGAAAACAAACAAAGCCGGUUCAAGCUUUUGUACAUGCAUAAAUGGACAUUAUCGACAUCCACUUGAUGGCAACCAUAUGCCAUGCCAUAAACCACCUGCAAAGCCAACAAAUCUCACGGUGUUAUUUUUUGAUCAAACUAGUGCAAUCUUAUCAUGGGAUCCACCACAAAAGUCAAUUGAUGAUCACUUAAUUGACCAACAAUUCCGUAACGAUGUUUCAUUUAGAGUCAAAUGCCAGUCAUGUUCAAACAACGUUGUUUUUAAUCCAUCAAGUGAUGUGUUUAAUGAAACAAAAUUGACAAUGACAAAUCUUGAGCCUGGCACACAAUAUGUUGUACAAAUACAUUCACUCAAUGGACCAUCUUACUCACUUAUGGGCGGAUACAAUCAUAGCUUUUCAUCGGGCACUGAUGGUACGGAAAGUCCAAUGAAGCGUGGAAAUUCAUAUGGUAUGGAUGUAAAGAGCGAGUAUGCAGAAAUUACAUUCACAACGGAAUCGACGAUAUUGAGUACUGUAUUUAAUGUUAAAGUGACAACAAUAACGAGCAAAGAGGUUGAAUUGUCAUGGGAUAAUCCUUUGCACAGUGACUCUCCAAUCGAAUUUUAUGAAGUUCGUUGGUUCCCAAAGUCGGAAGUCGAUUCGAUAAACAAGACGACGCAAAGUACAAAGGAUACAAAAAUACUCAUCACAGAUCUCACUGAGAAUACAGAAUAUGGCUUUCAAAUACGAUGCAAGACAUCAAAUGGAUGGGGAACAUAUAGCAACAUUGUAUAUGCUCAAACUCUUCAGAGUAUCACACCCGUAUUCAACGAGUCAUCAAUGCAGAAUCGUUUGGUAGCAGGUGCAACAGUAUUGAUUGUAUUCAUAGUCGUCCUUGCCAUUGUCGCCACCGUGCUCGUCCUACGUACGAAAAAUCAAGAUGAUUUGGAUAAGAAAACUAGUAAUCAUUUGCCAUUACCUUUAGAUUACGCUAAUAAUGAAGAAGGUGGCUAUAAAUAUUAUUCUGCUCGACGAAAUAAUUUUGCAGUGACCACACCGUUAUUUGGUGGAAAUCGAAGCUAUGUUGAUCCGCACACAUAUGAGGAUCCUAAUCAAGCAAUACGGGAGUUCGCUAGAGAAAUCGAUGCAGGAUAUAUCACAAUUGAAGCAAUUAUUGGUGGUGGAGAAUUCGGUGACGUUUGUCGAGGUCGAUUGAAGAUCCCUCCAAAUUUUGUCCAGGAAAUUGACGUUGCAAUAAAGACACUCAAACCAGGAUCCAGUGAAAAAGCGCGAUGUGAUUUCCUCACAGAAGCAUCAAUAAUGGGGCAAUUUGAUCAUCCCAAUGUCAUUUAUUUACAAGGAGUCGUGACACGAUCAAAUCCAGUGAUGAUUAUUACAGAAUAUAUGGAAAAUGGAAGCUUAGAUACAUUCCUUCGUGCCAAUGAUGGCAAAUUUCAAACACUCCAGUUAGUCGGAAUGCUGAGAGGUAUUGCAGCUGGCAUGUCAUACCUCAGCGACAUGAAUUAUGUGCAUCGUGACUUAGCUGCACGAAAUGUCCUCGUCAAUGCAUCGCUCGUUUGUAAAAUUGCAGAUUUUGGUUUAAGCCGUGAGAUUGAAAAUGCAAGCGAUGCAUAUACGACACGUGGCGGUAAAAUUCCAGUUCGAUGGACAGCACCAGAAGCAAUUCAAUUCCGUAAAUUUACAUCAGCGAGUGACGUGUGGUCAUAUGGUGUUGUUUUAUGGGAAGUCAUGUCAUAUGGUGAACGUCCUUAUUGGAAUUGGUCAAAUCAGGAUGUAAUAAAGAGCAUCGAAAAAGGCUAUAGACUUCCUGCACCAAUGGACUGUCCAGAGCUACUAUAUCAACUUAUGUUAGACUGUUGGCAAAAGCAAAGGACACAUCGACCGACAUUUGCCAGCAUUACACAAACACUCGACAACUUUGCACGUCAACCACAACUUUUACUUACAAUUCGAAAUUCACCGACUAGCGAUCAACAGGGUCCAGACUUUCAUCAAACACCAACAUCAUCAUCAUCGUCGCAUGGUCAACAACAGCCGCAAUUAAUAAUGGGCCAUACGAUGGAUAGUCGAUGUGGUACAAUGGGAACAACAAAUGUUGUCUUCAAUACGACUGAUCAAUGGCUGAGUGAUAUCAAAAUGGGACGAUAUGCACAGCAUUUUAAAGAAGCUGGUCUCGUAACGGCGCAACAGGUUGCUCGUCUCACUGCUCAACAACUUUCUGACAUGGGUAUUACACUUGUGGGACAUCAGAAGAAAAUUCUACACCAAGCACGACAGCUGGACAUUAAUAUUGAAAUGGAUAAUUUUCUGGCAACGCCAACUUCCAUGUUUGUAUGAAAUUCAAUGAUAUUCGAUGACACAGAAUUUUUUGUAAAUAAUCAUUUCAUGCAUUAUGCAGAGGUAAUUCAUUGACACUUGAUUAUUGAUGGAGAUAGACACUAUGUUGAUUACUGAAGAAAUGAUUAGAUGAGGAUUUUGUAUCAUAGAUCUGAAAUUUUCAAUUGAAAUUGUUGGUGGGGUUAGAGUUGGAGCUUUCUGUGGAUUAAGCUAGGUUAUUUAAUGUUUUCCACGUCAUGAUCACGAUAGACUCUCCACCCAAAAUCUUAAGAUCCUAUAUCAUAAAAAUAUUCAAGUAUUCAUUGAUGAUUCAAUUCGACUCGAUAAGAAAAUUCAUCGUUCAAAACCUUAGUUCAAUGAAUUACCUCCAAUAAUUCUAAUAAUUUUUAUCCAAUGCAAAAAAUUAUCAUAGUUUCACACUUUCGUAUGCAAAAAACGUUUUUAAAGCGAAUUAAUUUAUAAAAACAAAUUUAGUAGAAAAUUAAAAUUUGAAUGAAUUUUUGUUAUAAUUUGCUUGCAAGCAAAUCUAUUCGAAUGAAAGAAAUGAAAACUUCCAUUGAAAUUUUUAUGAAAAAUAAAAAAUACUUCUUGAGCUUUCCAAUCAAUCAGAGAUAGGUGUGUGUAGGGUGAUGUUUUAGAGGAUUUUAUGGGAUUUAUCUGGAUAUUAUUCGAUGAAUUCUUACCUUUUCUUCCGAUUUAUCUAAAAAUUGUUCCUCAAAUCUUCUAAAACUCACAUCUUAUCUUUAAAAAACUUAAUUUCCAAAACAGAAAAUUGACGUACAAAAGAGAAGAAGAAAAAAUUUCUUAAUCCUUAAAGUUCUUGCCAUUUUAUUGCUUUUAAAAGAAUUCAUAAUCACAUUAUUACCGUAUAUUAGGAGAUUAUUUUCAUUAUGAUUUUACUUAAUUAAAUUCACAUUCACAUAACAUGCAAUAGUAAACUACAAUGAAACUGCAAUAGACUGGAUUAAUUUUUACAUUUAACUCACAUAUUUUGGUGGAUGCUCUGGCAUUGCUGAUCUUGAGAAUUGCUUAAAAUUGGCAGUUCUUCGAGGUAUCUGUGCCAGAGUAAAUCCAUCAAACCGAUAACUAUUUUAAAUAACAAAUUACAGAUUUUUAUAUUAGAAGAAAAUUUAUAAAAAAUCAGUUUUUAUUCUAAACACAAAAAAUGAUGCUUGCCAAGCCUUUGUUCCGCAUGAUAUUGAUAAAUUAGUAUAUGAUGUUCUAUUACAUUUGAGACAUCAACUUUGUAUGUACAUGAAUGUUAAUUGACGAAUUUUUUUCUGAUUGACUGAAAAUCAUGUGAAUUUAUGGACACUUUCCAGUUAAUCUUAAAUUUUUAUCUUAAAAAUUUAAAAAGGAAAAAAUUCGUCACAAAAUGAGAAUUGUUAAUUUUUGACCAAAAUGUCUCGAAAAUUGAAUUUUUGAUCAAAUAUUAUCGUCCUCAUGCCAUCACAUUUUAACGAUUGCAUUUAUUCAUAAAAACACAGAGCUGCUGACAAUUUUUUAAUUAUUAUUCAUUAUCAAAUUAAGUUUUUCUCUCUUUUUUGGAAGAAAAUUUUUAUAAAUAACGAAUGAAAGAAGAUAUAAAAAAAUCAUAUGAGGGAUGUUCACAAAUUACGUCUAUCAUGUUUAGGUUCAAAUGAUGCUGAAAAGUUUAAAAAGUUUCAAAUAACUUUUAACUCCAUUGUCUUUUCUAAAUGUUGGACGUCAUUUAUGAAUAACCCCUUAAGUGGAAUCAACAACCUUUUAAUUUGAUUUGUGAUAUACGCAAUUUUUGUAUAUUAUUAAAAUUAUUGAUUAAUUAAUUAAUUUUAUUAAAAUUAUUUUUAAUUAUAUGGGAUUAAGUAUGGUUGAAUGAACAAAAAAUUUUUUAAUGCUAUAUUAUUGCUAUUGUAAAGGAAGUAAAUGAAAUGAACGAAUUUUUUAAAAACAAAUAAAAACACUUAAAUGGAAGAAAAAUGAAUGCAAUAGACAGGCCACGCUUACCAUUAAUAAUGAAGGUGAACAAACUUUUGUUGGAUUUAAUUUAUAAUGUUUCCCAUGUAAUAUUUAUUUCUACCCAUCACAUACUGGUGUGCAUUUUAAGAUGCACUGAAAAAGUCUUGAAAAUAAACUGCAAAGAUUUUAGCAAGCCUUCCAAGCUGCAAUUUUGCUUUAUUAACUAGAGAGCUUCAUAGUCCAGGGUUCAAAGUCAAGUAAGGAUAAACACAACAUACCAUAAAGUCAUACUGCAUGCCACACAUGCUUUUUCAAAAAAAAUAUAAACCAUACCAUAAAGGUCAACUCCAAUUAAAUUAUUUUAAACGAGAUAAAUUCAGUCAUAGUUGAUCAUCUGUAGUCAUUCAGCUGAUAUAAUUAAAGUCAAUGUUUCCGGCACAAGCCUACGAGCUACGUGCAUGUCUGAACAAAGAAAAUUAUAAUUAAUGUAAUCAAAACCACAAUUGAUUAUGAACUCAAAAAACUAAAGCAAUUGAUUAGAAAACCAUGAAACUUGUCUUAGGGGUCAUGAAGCAGAAUACUCUAGUUGAAUAUUUUUUUUUGGACAGUCAAAAAUUCUGGGUUGUACUAAAUUGACUUUCGGAAGUAAGUUUUUCGAUUAAUAUUUGAUAGUCAGCCUAUGUCCAAAUUCUCAUAAAUCACUCAUAUUUUAAAUAAAAUUGAUGCAAGUCAUCUUUUUAUGAUUUUUUCAACCUUUUAAAAUGCAUAUCAGUUCCAGUUCUUUAAUACCUCUAAACGAUUCUUUUUUGUUUAAAAUAGUAACGGAAUUCACAAUAAUUGAUAACGCACAUCACGCAUAGAUACAUACAUGAAAGAGAUUUAUACGAGAAUAAACAUUCCAUGACAUUUAAUAGGAAGCAAAAUUUCAGAGAUUAAUCCUUUUUAAAGGCUUCUCCCUGCCAAUAAUUGAGAUUAUUAAAAACGGAUAAAAGAGAAAAUCAAAAAAAAAAGGAAAUAAAAUUGUUUUUUUUUUCUCGUGUAAGGAGUUUAAGGGAUGGUAGUUUAGACAUAUUAAAAGCUUAAAUGUUUGUAAAACAUCAUGCAUCCCAGGGUCUUUUCAUCCUUAUCCCACUCCUUUCAUGUGCAUCAAUUCAAAAAUAUUUUUGCUUACAAUGCUUAAAAUUUAGUGCACAAGAAGGAGAAGUUUUAAGCUUUAAAAUGUGCAAAUUAUGCCACUUCAAGAUGAAAACUUUCCAAACAACUUGCAUAAUAAAAACUCCUGACAAGAAAAAUUUCAAUUUUAUUUCCUCAAAACACUCACAAAAAGAAAUCAAAAAUGACAAGCAAAGAUUUUCUUCCUAAUUUACUUUAAACAUUUUUCGUUUAAUUUUUGUUUUAUUUUCUGAUCAAAAACGUUUUUUAUAAGACUGCUGACUGUAAUAAAUGAGAUACUUCAGAACUUUUUUAUUUUGUUCUAUUUUUUUUGUAAAAAAUUUUAUCAUUUUUUUAUUAUAAUAUUUAAGUUUUUAAUAAAAAAAAUUCUUUAGAAUGUAAGUGAAAAAAUUUGAAAAAUGAACAACAAAUGAAUGAAAAAAUUAAGAAAUGACAAAUAUAGCAAUAAAUUUAUAAUAAUUAAAAAUGACAUAUGACACAGAGAGAAAGAAAUUUUUUUAUAUUUAAUGAAAACCUUCUAAUCGAUUGGAAGUAAAUUAAGGAAAUUAAAAAAUUAGUGGAAAGUAUGAAAUUUUUGAAAAUUGCUUAUCUUAUUUUCAUUUUAAAAAAGGGCUUUGAUCAAUACAAAACGACAUGAAUGAUAUUGAAAAGAAGAACAAAAAAAAUAUUUUAACGAUAAAAAUUAAAAUAAAUUUACUAAGAUGUGGAUCUAAUCAUUUUUAUUGUAAAAAUAAUCAGGUUGAAUCUGAAGCUUCACAAAGAUUCAAAAAUAAAUCCAAAUGACUACUUUGUGUUGCUCAGGAGAAGAUUAUGUCGGGAAUUUUAGAUCAAAGUAUCAAUUAUUACCCGAUAAUGACCCAUCAACCUUCAAAAAUCAACAAUUUAUUCUUUUUGAAAAAAAAAAAUUGAAAGAGAAAAAUUUCAUUCAAAAGGAAUAAGCAAAACAUUAAUAUAACAAAAAAUUAAAUGUAAAUCUACGUGGUGAAAUCAAAAGUAAAAAAAUUCAAAUCUCAUCUUUUUGUAACAAAAAAAAAUAAUAAGGUAAUAAGUAAAUCAUAAUUUUAGAUGAUAAAAAACCAUAAAUCAAAAAUUUUCGGAAAAUUUAUUCAAGGUUGACAGUUAAGGAGGUCAAUAGUGCAGCGUAGCAUGUGACUGAAGAAAGGUUUUUAUGAUCGGCAGUCAAGUUUUGAAAAGAAUUGUCAAGAAUUUAAGCCUUUGUCGUAAUAAAUUUUUGAAUUUUCAUAAAAACUUAUAAAAAACGUCAUAAAUAUAUUUUUUUGUCAUGUGCUGCAUUGAAUGUCGAUUUUUGGAUUUAUUUAAAUAACUUGGGUUUGUUUUUAAAAAAUUGGAAUUGUAAAAACAUAUGAUUAGACAUAUAGGGUCCUAAAACUUGCGGUGAAUUUUUAAAUUAAAAUUAUUGAGAGAAAGAAAAUUAAGCAAUGAUGUACCGAGUUUUUAAGAGUCAAUCCAAAAUUUAUCAACAUUUGACCUACCUUGAAUUACUGAUAAACCUUAAAUAGAGAGCAAAACACGACAUGUAACAAGAAAUGAGAUUAAAGCUAGUUGAUCUUAGAUUGAGUAAUAUAAAUAAAAUAUCUUGCGUGAGUGAAGCUUACGACUUGUAAAGAUGCAUUAAAAAGUUUUUAGUGAAAAAGGAUUUAAGAUAAAAAAUUUCUAUUCAGCCAGAAAAAAUAUUUAAAUAAAAUUAAAAUUAAGUGUAGAGAAUGAAAAAUUGCAUCAAAAUUAUGUUUGAUAAGCUGUAUAUAUCAGUUCUACAUUUCAAAUGAGAAAAUGAAUAAAAAAAAAUUGAUAAGAAAUUACAAAAUGAUUAUAAGAAUGAGAAACCAAUUGUGAGAAUGAAAAAUAACACAACAAUUUAAUUUAAAAAUUAAAAUAAAAAUCUAAACAUAAAAAAUAUUUUUUUGGAAAUUUUAAUUCAAAGUUUUAUUUUCAGAUUUCACAGGUGAAGUAACAUUGAUAAAACGGUACAAUAGAUUCUAACGGUACAAUAGAUUCUAUCAUCGAUCAGGAUCGCAGUGCCUUCAGCUCAUCGCAACGUGUAGUAACACACCGCCAGGCUGGAACCCUCUCACAUUAUUAUUAUUAUUAACAUUGAUAAAUUUGCUAGUUUCACACCAAAUCUAAAUUGUAAAUUACAAGUCAUAUUUUCACUUAUAUUGGAAUGAUGCUAAUGUGUCGAUGUAUUCUAAUCAAAUGUUUAGGCUGAUUAAAAACAAAUCAGACCUUCAUAUAAUUUUCAUUACCAAGUUCACUCCAAAAAAUUAAGCAUUAAUCUACUAUCACUCCUAUAAAAACUCAUCAAUCUGGAAAAGUUUUUAUUUGCAAAACACUCAUUUAAAAACUGACGAUUUCAUGGCCAGUAACAAGAAGAAAGUAAUUUUUACUAUCAAUUGUUCUUAAAAUCAUCUCAAAAUGUUUAAAUCGUAGAAAAGUUUUUAUUUUUCUGACUUUAUGACAUUGAAUUCUUUUUUUUUUUAAUUUUAGCUUAUUAAAAUUCAUGUGACAUCUUCAAAACUGCGUGACUAAUUAGUAAUUUGGGUUAUUUGCUUAGGAGUAUCCUUCAAACUUUAAAUUCAUAAAUUAAUAAGUAUGUAAUAUUGCUUAAUACAAUUCGAUGACAAACAAUAGAAGAUUAAAGACUUCUUGAUAACCUUUCUGCUAAUAAAUCUUAUUGAUUGCAACAAAUCAUAAAGUUUCAACUAAUUGACGUCACUUUUGCGUAGCUAUUGUUUUCAAGACAUCAAUCUUCUUUAGAAAAAUGUAGAUGUAGGUUUAGCUUCUUACCACUUGCUAUGCCAAUAACAAUUUUUUCAUUUAUUACUCAGAAGAGCCUCCUUUUUAUAAGUUGACUGAUCCA